AUGUCAAUGGCGUUGAACGCGAUUCGUCGCAAGAAAAAUGUCAAGAAAGGCAUACAGUUUUGCCUGAUGGUGUGUGGUGCCAGUGGAACUGGACGCACAACGUUUGUCAACACACUAUGCGGCAAGAAAGUUCUCGAAGGCAAGGAUGCAGAUGACGCUGCCAAUGCUCACAUCGAGGAGGGUGUCCGCAUCAAGCCUGUCACAGUCGAACUAGAGUUGGAUGAAGAAGGCACCAGAAUUUCCUUGACUAUCGUUGACACCCCCGGUUUUGGCGACCAGAUUGAUAAUGAAGCAAGCUUCUCCGAAAUCGUCGGUUUCCUUGAGCGCCAAUACGAUGAUAUUCUUGCAGAGGAAUCUCGAAUCAAGCGAAACCCCAGAUUCAGGGACAACCGUGUGCAUGCUCUUCUGUAUUUCAUCACUCCCACUGGCCACGGAUUGCGCGAGCUCGAUAUCGAACUGAUGAAGCGCCUGUCACCUCGUGUUAACGUCAUUCCGGUUAUUGGGAAAGCCGACUCUCUCACCCCUGCUGAACUUGCCGAGUCCAAGAAACUAAUCAUGGAGGAUAUUGAACACUACCGUAUUCCCGUCUACAACUUCCCUUAUGAUAUCGAAGAAGACGAUGAAGACACAGUGGAAGAGAAUGCAGAAUUGCGUGGACUGAUGCCGUUCGCUAUUGUUGGUUCCGAGGACUUCGUGGAGAUCAACGGACGGAAAGUAAGAGCCAGACAAUAUCCUUGGGGUAUUGUAGAGGUGGAAAACCCUCGUCACUCAGACUUUCUGGCCAUCCGAAGUGCUCUUCUCCACAGCCAUCUUGCAGAUCUUAAGGAGAUUACCCAUGACUUCCUCUAUGAGAACUAUCGUACUGAAAAGCUUUCCAAGGGUGUCGACGGUGCUGCUGGUUAUGAUUCUUCAAUGAACCCCGAAGACCUAGCAAGCCAGUCGGUCCGCCUGAAGGAGGAGCAACUCCGUCGCGAAGAGGAGAAACUCAAAGAGAUUGAGCUCAAAGUGCAACGCGAGAUUGCUGAGAAGCGACAGGAGUUGCUCGCUCGUGAGAGCCAACUCCGGGAGAUUGAGGCUCGCAUGGCGAGCGAACGCGCAGCCAACGGCGACGCUUAG